GCGCGCGCUCCUCCUCCCCACGCGUCACGCCGGACACUCGCUGCCAGCCUUAAAGUCUCCGCGUGUCCUCGUGUCCGCAGAAGCUGCGGGUCUCGCGCUGCUCCACCUUCCGUCGGACGUCUGUGCGCGCUCAGGGGCCGAGGACGGAGCACGCAGCGCCGGUUCCGUUCCGCUUCCCAACGCCGCCGAGUCCGUGCGCCGCCGGUGCCCGCUCCCCCCCCCCUCCCCCCGAGGCCAUGGGCUGCGGCUUGAGGAAACUGGAGGACCCGGAGGACAGCAGCCCUGGGAAGAUCUACUCCACGCUGAAGAGACCGCAGGUGGAAAGUAAAACGGACACAGUGUACGAGUAUGUGCUGCUGGACUUCAGCCUGGAAGGCAGCCGCCCGACGGUGCAGUACGUGGCCUCUCUGAGCGAGCUGCCUCUGGCCCUGCAGCCCUACUACACACAGGGCUACGUGCUGGCCGCCCUGCACCCCAUCAUCCUGUCGGUGGGGUGGACGCGCUCGCUGCCCUUCAGCCUGCUCUACCGCGCCAUCCUGGCCCGGCCCGCGCCCAGGUACCGCAUCCUCCCCAACCCAAACCCAGGGAGAGUCUCAGACAGAAGCAGAAGCAGAGGCACAGGUCGAUCACAGGCCUUUAGUCACACCUGUGGAGUCCUGCCACAGAGGAGCCGCAAGCAGACGGCGUCCAUGUGUCACAGCGUGCCCGUGCUGAGGGUGGAGGAGUGGCCGCUCCCUGGAGACUCGCUGACGGGCGACACCGUCCACGCUCUCAUCGACAGGGUGAACAGCAGCGCCCGGGGAGGCGUCCGAUUCAUCGGCUCCGUGCUCCAGCAGGUGAGUGGAAGUACGGAGGGCAGGGUCCACAGCCCCAAGAGGGGGUGUCGCUCCCCCCCCCACACCCCACCUGGAGACAGAGAGCUGGAGGACAACAGCUACAGUCCUGACCUCAGGCUGCUGGUGUUCUUCCACUCCUGGGCUCCUGGCUGUGCUCCUCUGGACUCGCUGGCCUGCCAGUACCACCAGGGGGCGCUGUCCAUGCGCGUGUCCAGGAAGGGCCAGGUGGUCAGCGCCCUGGAGGCCGACUGGCUGGAGCUGACGGCCGCCUACUACCGCCGAGGCUGGUCGCUGGUGGACUCCUUCGUCUACUGGAACACAGCGAAAGGCGAGCCGGUGCCCAGAUCCUUGGAGGGGCUGUUUGUAUAUGAGGAGAGAAGCACGUCGCCUCCGGCCAACGACACCAUCGUCGUAGAGCAGUGGACCGUCAUCGAGGGGUCCAGUGUCAAAACCGACUACGGGCCCCUUCUGCACACGCUGGCCGAGUUCGGCUGGCUGCUCACGUGUGUGCUGCCCACACCCAUCAUCCGACACGACAGUGAUGGGAACCUUGCCACGAAGCAGGUCGUGUUUCUGCAGAGGCCGGUGAGGAGUCAGGCAGCAGGACACCACAGGAAGCAGGCUUCUUCUGUGCACAGUGCCGUGUCCAGCCGCUCCGUGAGCCGCGCCGUGGGCAGCCCCGUCCCUCGGGAGGAGCCGUCUCCCACCACAGGAGGCAUCGUGGGGUUCCCGGUGUUUGGAGGAGGCUAUCCCAGCGCCCUGUCCCACCUGGAGGAAGGCGUCUAUGAGCAGGAGGAGGGGAAGGCGGAGGUCACCUGUAUGUAAGCAGGAAAAGUGAUGAUGGUGGCGUCAUCAUCCAGGAAAAGACAGACUGUACAGAUUCUCACCAUGAACUCAGCACUUUUUAAUGAAGCCAUACUGACUAUUUAGGGAUAAACACACUUAGAUUCACACAUUUCUACUACAGGAAAGCUUUUGCUCAUUUCAGGUGCUAAUGGGGAAACAUUACAGUAUUAAAAAGCACAAACACUGCUGCACAUUGAGGAAACGUGGUGACGAUUUUACUUCAGCUUGUAUUUACGUUACUUCACAGCUUGACAGUUAGAAAAGGAUCCUUGUCUUUUGGUUGUGAUGCUUAUGGAUGUUGUACCUUUGGUUACCCACCCUCUGACCUCGACGCAGGUGAGCUCAGGCUUCUCUUCUCGUCAGCGUGAAGAUGUUCGUCCUGCUUCCUCUGGUACCGAUGUCUUAUCGCCUCCUUGUCUGACUGGUGUCGUCUCCUAAUCAUUCUAGGAAUGGUUGGACUCAUCUCGCAUGAUGUUUUAGUAUUUAAGGUCUGACAGAAGCUGCUCUUUGCUUCAGCUCAUACGGUACCUGCCAUUUGCUUUGGUUGUUUUAACUCUAAAACCUUGUGUGACGCCUUUUAAAGGCAGGUUGACAUCUGUUCAAGUUUAGAAAAGACUAUUAUAAAGGCCAAUGUUUUAACCUGCGUUAGUGACAAAAGCUAAAUCAGCCUAUUGAUGCUGAAAAAAAGGGAAAAACUGUCAUUUUAUCAGCAGAAACAGACUUUGGUGACAAGAAAACCUGUAAUAAAGCCAAGUAUAAAAUUAGAUCUCAUCAGUGCUAAUUGUCCUAUUUAAGUAAUUGUUGGUACAAGUCCAACAACUGCCGAUGUGUUUAGAGACAAGACUCCUUCAGGUUUCCUGAAUGUCCGUAUUAAUCAUCCAGCUUUUCAUCUUUGGAGAGUUGUACAUUUUGUGUCAGUUAUGUUUCUCUAAAUUGUAUUAAACAGCUAUUUCGCACAUCA